AAGAAAUACCUCGGAACUUCAUUGGAUGAACCCCAAAUGAAGAAGGAGCCAAGGUAUGAACCCACAGCUGCAGCAAACUUCCAGGAAUUAACGAUUGGUAAUGCCUUGAAGUGGGAUACCUUACAGCCAAGUGCUGGGAAAUUCAACUUUGGGCCAGCUGAUUACGUCCUGGAGUUUGCCAAAAAGCAUUGCAUGAAAGUCAGAGGUCAUACAAUUGUCUGGCAUAGGCAAGCACCAGAUUAUCUGAAAAGUCUAGACAAGAAGGCUUUGACGGAGGCUCUUGAAACGCACACGAAAAAGUUUAUGGAGCGCUAUGGUGACAAGAUAGUUACCCUGGACGUAUGUAACGAAGUAUUUGAGGACUCUGGGGAAUCUGGAGAGUUCCGAAAAGACAGCCUGUGGUACAAAGCCCUAGGAGAAGACUACAUCGAGUUAGCUUUCCAAUUUGCUCGAAAAGCUAAUCCCAAGGUCAAGCUAUAUAUAAAUGAUUUCAGUGUUGAAGGUAAAAAUAAGAAGUCCGAUGCUUUAUACAACUUGGCAAAGAAAUUAAAGAGUAAGAAAUUACUUGAUGGGGUCGGAUUCCAAGCUCAUUUCAUUGUCGGACAGGUUCCUAAUGGUAAGCAGAAAACCAAGGCUUAUGUUGAAAACUGUCUUGAAGUACCACCCUCAGAGGCAGAUAUGAAACAACAGGUGGAAGACUAUGUCAAAGUAGUCAAAAUCUGCAAAGCGCUCAAAUCGUGUCCAGGGAUAAUUGUAUGGGGUGUUGCCUACCCGGAUUCAUGG